ACCCGCUCCGGACACACGGCAGAGGCAGCAGCAGGAGGCGGCGGUCUGUCUGCUCCCAGCUCUCCCCCGGAGCUUUCUUACUUUAUUGCACUUAAUAUUGGAAAGAUGCGUCUGAUCCAGAACAUGUGCACUAUAACGGAGUACCCACCCGGCACGGCCACCGACUGCAACGGCGGCACCCCGGGGAGCAGGGUCAUCAAGAUCGCUGUGGUUGGAGGCAGUGGAGUUGGCAAGACAGCUCUGGUGGUUAGAUUUCUUACCAAGAGGUUCAUUGGCGACUAUGAAAGAAACGCAGGAAAUCUGUACAGCAGACAAGUCCAAAUAGAUGGCAUGAAUCUGGCCAUUCAAGUUCAAGAUACUCCAGGUGUCCAGAUGAAUGAGCAGAAUCUAGAAUGUAAUGAACAUCUCAACAGAUCUAUCAGAUGGGCAGAUGCUGUUGUAAUUGUGUUUUCCAUCACAGACUGUAAAAGCUAUGAUCUCAUAAGUCACCUUCACCAGCAUGUAAGGCAGCUUCAUCCCGAUAACAGAGUCCCUGUAGUAAUAGUUGCCAACAAAGCAGAUCUUCUUCACCUAAAGCAGGUAGAACCACAGCAUGGACUUCAACUUGCCAACAUGCUGGGCUGCACCUUCUACGAAGUGAGCGUAAGCGAGAACUACAUUGAUGUGUACAAUGCAUUCCAGAUACUCUGUAAAGAAAUAAGCAAACAUCAAACCACAGGGACACCAGAAAAGAGAAAGAACUCUCUCAUCCCAAGGCCAAAAUCUCCAAAUAUGCAGGACUUAAAAAGACGCUUUAAGCAGGUCCUGUCUGCCAAAGUGAGGACAGCCACGUCUGUAUGAAGAAUGAAACUUACUCGCUGAUCAUAAUUUUUCUCUUCCAAAGAAGCACUCGUAAAGAUGCUAAAAUGGAAUGUAUCUUUGGCAUUACUGGCUCCGAGGCGGUCAGUAUUGAGAAAUGAAGAGUGGCUCAACAAUGAGGUGGCAUGAGCCUAGAUAAAGGCAUGCAAGUGUACAUUGAAAGGACUAGAAUUUUCAGGACAAUUUUUGACUGCAACGGCUUAAACAAUGAAAACACUUAUUGUGGUUAAUGGACAGAAUGCAAAGGUUAAGAAAUGUGGUUUACAACAGAUACAAUGGUAUGAGGAAUGGGUGAAAAGUUACAUAAAAACAUUUGCAGAUGCAAAGCACCCCUCCAUAUUCUUGGUUUUAAUUACCACGGUGUAAAUUUUAUACUGUCCCUUUAAAUCUGUAUUGUUUAUAUGUCAAAAAAGCAAAUUGUUUUCUCUCAUCAUCCCCUUAAGUUGAUGGAUAUAAAUGAUUUUGUCUGUCACCAGAAACUGAGUUUGCAAGUGGAAAUAUAGAUUUUUAUAAAAGUUGUUUUGACUAAUGAAAUGCCCACUUUUACCGUCAGGGUAUUAAUGAAAAAGUCAGACACAGCUAGUAGUUUUACUUGGCAUUUUGUUUUACAGAUGUGUGAACAAGGGUUAAUGUGCUUUGUAUUUGUACGCCUCCUAGUGGUGGAUAUGGGAACUGCUACCUGUAGGCAGUGUCAUGGUGUUUUCUGUCAUGCCUUAAAGCUCACGAAUCACUACAAAACAAAGCAAAAAGACACAUCCCUUGUUUCAUGGUCCAGAAGUCUAUUCCUGGCCAGUGAAGGCUCAGGCUAGAGUCUAGUAUGAAUUGCACUUUAAAAGCAACCUGUGCUUUUGUUUUGUCAAUUGUAAUUUAUUUAUUUUUGUGUACAAUAAAAUUUCUAUUGAUAACUUUUUAACAAA